AUGGCUGAGAACGAGUCUCCCGCAAGGGAACCUUCCACUCGUGGUCGUGGCCGCGGUGGGAGAGGUCGUGGCGGUCGAGGUAGAGGAGGUGGUCGAGGUGGCUCUACUGCUGCAGUAUCCAAGGCGGCCACUGCAAAGGUCGGUCGUGGUGGCUCACGAAGAGGCCGAGCCAAGAACUUUGCGGAUUCGCGUGUCCAAGCUGCUUAUGAGCGUCAACGGCAUCUCAAAGCCAAUUACCAGGCUGUUGCUCACGCGCUCAAGCCAGCUCUGCAAGAGCUUGCCGAACGCACCAUUGAUGAAGCCUUCCAAAACCCUGACAAGCAUAAACAUGCUCAAGAGUUCAUACCUCUCAUGCAAGAGCUCCAAGAUAACCUCGAUGCUAAAAUAGCCGAGUAUACGCGGCGCUACAACAGAGACAAAGAGCUUGCUGAGCAUUUGCUCAAGGCCGAUCAUUAUGUUGCCCAACAAGAAUACCUGAACGGUUGCGCAGAUCUCACGGAUCAGUUCUACGAAGGACAAGACAACCGUGCUCGCAUUCUCAAUUCAUUGUAUGACAAAGAUCUUCCUGUCGAUGUCGUCGAUGAUCAAUACGAAUACAAGGUCAUCAGCGACGAACAUUUUGACGAAGAAUUUGGACUUUAUGUGUGCAGGUUGGAUGGUAACCUGGUUCCUUACCCUUCUCGUGUCCCAGGAACUGCCAUGUGGCAAAAGGGACGCGAUAAUGAAGUGGCCGCCACUGCUGCUGUCAGUGCUCCUACCACUUCUGCUCCCGCUUCUCAAGUCAAGAGUACCCGUGGCCGAGGUCGGGGUGCCAACAAGCGUAGAGCACAAGAUCAGCCCGAAGGCCAACCUACCCCCAAGAAGAACACCAGAAGUAACCCUGACGAUGCCGCUGCAUCUCACUCACUUUCUGCCCCAGCCCCUGCCAAAGGUCUUCUUGCUAGUGCUGCAGAAGUUGAGGCAACGCCUGAGGGCACGCCAGCUGAGUCAGACUCCACUCCAGCAUCCCCAGAGCCUCCAGCCUUUGUCAACGGCAUUGCACAUGCUGCUGUCGCUAGGGCACAGAAUCACAGACUGCAAACUCGCGAGAAGAGCCCUCCAUUGCCAAAGAACAUGGGCGAGGCAGAUGAGUAUGGCUUUCGGAUGUUCAACCAGAAACCGUCCAUGCGCGAGAAGGGUAUUAGCAGUCGUCUUUUCGUGCCUCGACCGUUCGAGUUCGAGAAAUGGGAGAUUGGUUUUAGAGACUCUUCCAAUGACUCUAGCAAGGGCCACAGCCGUGCGAAGCGCGGCAAGUAUCUCGAUACUCCUGACAGCAAUGGUUUGUAUAUUGAUGCUUGGUGUAACGGUUUCGACUUUUCAAACACAAAGCCAUCCGACUUUGACAAGGAAACCGUGAAGCGUUUUGGAGUUCACCCCAAAUUUGGCAUCAUCUUGAGAGAUGCACCUGUUCCCGAAGCUGAAAAGACUCCUCACGUCAUGCCAGGAAAACCUGUGGUCUAUAUCGCGAACCCUUCGGGUCGAAUUUCACAUGCUUCUCGCUCCUUCUUGAAGACUAUCAACCACCGUCGUGUGGAGGAUAACCCGUAUCGUGCCAAGGUCGGGGCUUCGAUGAGACGGUUCUGCAAACUUGGAGAUAUCGACCUCGAUGAACUCGACAUCUCUGAGUAUGUUCGAUCAGAAGACGAGCUGCGAAGCAAUUCUUUGGGUACUGCUCUCAAGGAACUUGAAGCCAGACCUGUUGUCAGCCGGGAACCAUCGGAAUCCGAGGAGCCCGAGACUGAAGAACAAGUGAUCAAAGUAGAGGAUGUGAUAACCGCACAGCCUGAAGUCGGAUUUACCGGUAUUUCAGUUCUCGCCCUUGCUAGUGCUUUCCUCGAAGCCGAGGGACACAAAAAGGCACCCGAGCCUGCGCCCGCGCCCAAGCCUGCUCGAUACGAUGCCAUUCGCGACGUUUUCACCGAUUCAAAGCCUGCACCGGCUCCUAAGCCAGACACUAACCCCAGCGUUGGCCUCGAUAUUCUGGCUGCCUUGAGUGACGUUGCAGGCACUCCCAACGAACCUGCUCCCGUUGAAGAGCCGCUUCCAGUCUACGAGGCUGCAGAAAUUGAGUAUGCAAUGGGCUAUGAGCCAGCACCAAUGUCUGAAACUUCUCACAUGAUCGAGUCAAUUGGGGUUCAAGAACAGCCAGUCUACCGCGAUGCUAUGACAAAUGGUAUGGGCCCUGCGUGUAUUUCCUCACAUGGAAUUCAGGAGCAUGAUCCUCGAGGAUCGAUCUCCCGAAACAAUGAGCUCCCACCCGUCACUCCAAGCCAGGCACCUAUCGACCCUCGUUUCAACUCCAACCUUGUUGAGGUACCUCAAGGCUAUAUGCACCAGCCCCACGCUCAGCUGCCAAUGCAAUCAAGCGGCUCAGUGCAUGGUCAUCCCGGGGAGGCCCUGCCCUACCCACCUAUUCAUGACCCCAACGUGCCACAGCAUCCGUCAGUACGACAUUCUGAGUACCCUCCCCCCCCUCCCUCUCAGGGUCCUCCAGUUCAAGACCAGGGGACAUAUCUGUCACAUAACAGCUACCCGAACCCAGAUCACCGUGAUGCUCAUAUGGCCUCCGGCCGCCCUAUCGAUCCCGGAUAUCCACCCCGUCGAUUGAGCUACGCUCCCGAGGCUCCUAGCUACUCCCGUCAAUACUGGUCGCAGCCUCCACCACCUCCCGGUCCUACAAUUGCUGCCUCCGCUCCUCCAGGACCGGCUUCAGGCUCAGUGCCGUCUCACUACUCAUCUCCAGCUCCGCCUUCGGCCCGGAUACCCUUUUCUCACAACGGUAGUGCCGAGCCUCUACCUCCCCUACGUCCAUCGAGGGGACGCAACCAGUCCCUUCAGGACGAGGCACUUUUGGAACCUAGUUUACGGUCGCCUGGUUCAUACUACCCUCCUGGCCCUCCUCGCUCUUACCACCGAGGAGGCUACCAUGGCCCCGAGCCACAUGGGCAACCGCAACUGCAGCCCAUCACAACGGAUAGAAUCCUGCCAAACCCGCAGACUGCCGGGCAAAGUUACAUGACCUCGCCUCAUCAAGGCUACGCACAUCAAGUACUAUCUCCAACGUAUGCGAACCCCCCUCCUAUGCCUCCGCACAUGGCUCAAAGCCCUCAAGACAAUCAUCAGGGUCUGCCCAGUUCGGUUCAUCGUCAUCGAUCUACCCCUUCAGGGUCGUCUGAUGCCGGUAACAAGUACCGCAAGCUCCAACCCGCCCCCGUUCCCGCGCAUCGAUCGUGGCCGAAUAAGCCCGAACUUAAGACCAUCCCGUACGACCACAAAGAGACCGGGUCUGUCGCCGCACUUCCUAGCUCUGGCCCGACUCAAAUUCGAGGAUGGAGCGUAAACCAACCACGCAAGCGAGGCAGCAAGGAGAAGGGCGAGCCUGGCCAAGAUCGAGAAGACUCGCGAUAG